ACAACAGUGACAUUUCAAUAACAAUUUUUGUAUUUUGUAUUUAAUUUUAAUUUUAAUUUUUUUUUUCAUAAUAAAAAAUAAUGGUGAAUACAACAACAACAACAACAACAAUCAUACCAAUAAUUGAUGAACGAGAUGAAAUAUUGGCAUACUGGGAAAUAUGUGUAUUAUCAAUUAUUCUUGUUGUAACAUUAAUUGGUAAUUUACUUGUGCUUUUUUCUCUGUGGCUUCGUCGUUAUCGUGGUAAAAGACGUAAAUUAACACGAAUGUAUUAUUUUAUGAUGCAUCUAAGUAUAGCUGAUUUAAUUACUGGAGUAUUUAAUGUUUUACCACAACUUGUAUGGGAUAUAACAUAUCGAUUUCAGGGUGGAUAUGGACUUUGUAAAAUAGUAAAAUUUAUGCAGCCACUUGGUAAUUAUUUGAGUUCAUAUGUACUCACAGCAACAGCUAUUGACAGAUAUCAUGCAAUAUGUUAUCCCAUGAGUUAUUGUCUAACAACUUCUAGACAAUCUCGUAUAAUGGUUCACAGUGCUUGGUGUUUUUCAUUAUUUCUUUGUAUACCACAAGUAUUUGUAUUUUCAUACAGAGAAAUAUCAACUGGUAUUUGGGACUGUUGGGCUGAAUUUUAUCUACCUUAUAGUCAACAAAUUUACGUUACUUGGUUUAGUAUUGCUGUAUUUUUAUUACCUUUUAUGGUACUUGUAUUUACAUAUGUUAGUAUAUGUAUUGGUAUAUGGGGUAAUUCAGAAAUUUCGAAAUUUAAAAAACGUGAUGAAUUAACAAGAAUGGAUUCAAAUAAUAAUAAUAAUAAUAAUAAUAAUCGUGAACCAUUAAUAACAAGAGCAAAAAUAAAAACAGUUAAACAAAUGAUAACAGUUGUUUGUUUGUAUGUUAUAACAAGUAGUCCAUUUAUUGGAUGUCAAUUGUGGGCAACAUGGGAUCCAAAUGCUCCACAAACACCAUUUUUUACUGGUCCAAUAUUUGCUAUUCUUGUACUUUUGAGUAGUUUAACAAGUUCAGUUAAUCCAUGGAUAUAUCUUGGAUUCAACAAAGAAUUGAGAAUUAUUAUUAAAAAAUUUAUUUUUCGUAAUUCAGAAAAUCAAAAUGAAAAUGAGUUUUUGUCUUCAACACGUUCAUCAACAAUAAUCGGAUCAACUACUCGAUAUAAUACCACGACAAAAUACCAAGCCAAUAAAUCAUCAUCUGCUGCAGCUCAUCGAAAUAAUCAUUCAGCUGUAGUCGUCAUUCAAACAAAGUCAUGAAAAAUAUUAUAAUUUUUAUAAGUAUAAGUAUAACAUUCUUGUGUAUAAUUAUGUAAAAAAAUAAAUAAUAAUAAUAAUAAUAAUAA